GGCAACCAAGUUUUUCGUAAUCUAAUUAAGUAGUUAUCAAUAUUUUCAGCGUGGCCGUUAUUGCAUACGUAUUGCGUCUUAAAUACAAAAUUAACAGCACCAUAGCUAAUAGCUAAUAGUUGGAUCGUCAAAAGCCAAGAUUUGCCUGAAAAAGCCUGUAUCGUCAACAUUGGUCCGCAGAUCACUAGUACUUUAAACGGAUACCGGAAAUACGAAGAAGCGCUCCCAUCUGCAGAUGACCGGCGAUGCUGACAGGAAUUUUGAAGCUAUGUCUGGAAACUCGCAGUUACCGUAUUUGGCGGCAAAACUCCGGUUGGCGCAUGAGAACUUCCGGCAGAGAAGACUGAGAGAAGUGGAGAAUCGGGUCCUAAUUGCGGCACAGGAUAGUGCCAUCGAUGCCCUCCGGUUUCAGACGUUCAUGGAAAUGGACUUCACCGAGAAGAGAAUCGCACGCACUGACACUAUGACGGACGCUGAGGUGCGGAGAUUGGAAAAACUCAUUCGCGAUAUGAGCAGCCGAGCGCCUCUGUAGACAGUACUGGUAGAAAAUCUGAUAGAAAAUCAGUAAUAAUGCACACAAAAAAAGUGGCGAUAAUCGGAAGUCGUUUACAGUUCUCGAAGUUUACUCGCCAAAACGCUACUCCCACAACAAAAUAAAUCGGUUGAAAGACAGCUCUGAGCUUUCCUUGUACAUCUGUUUGAAUCGAUCAACUGUAAAUAAAAUAAAGGGUGACACUAUACUGACUAUAGCUACCCCAAACACCCUCGUUUUUUAUAGCCACCCAUUUUCCACACUCC